GAGCUCCCCUCAGCGCGGGGCUGGGUUGCGGUGCCAUGGCGGAGGGGAGGCGCCCCGUGCUGCUGGGGCUCCGUGACGCCCCCAUGGCCGGGCCGUGCCGGGAGGCCCCGGCCUGGGCCACCAACAAGCUGGGCGGCUCCGCGGACGCGCUGCCCGCCCUGCGCCCGGCCGAGCCCCGCUGCGGGGCGUGCGGCGCGGCCCUGGCGCACCUGGUGCAGGUGUACUGCCCGCUGCGGGGCCUGCCCUGCCACCGCCUCGCCAACGUCUUCGCCUGCCCCGGCACGGGCUGCUGGGGGCAGCCCCGCAGCUGGAAGGUGCUGCGCUCCCAGUGCUUGCAGACUCGGGAAAAGGAGGCACGAGGUUGCAGUCUAAAGCAGAGACAAGAAUCUAACUUUUCUGCAAAGGACUGGUGUGACGAGGCAGAUGACUGGGGAGUCUGUGAUGGAGCAGAAUCUCCUGUGUGUGCCCUUCAGCUGCUUGGCUUAAAUGAAGUGACGAGCAGCUCCUCAUCCAGAGAAGCAGAGUGUGCAUCCCAGUUCCAACAGCUUUGCCUGUCUGAAGCUACAGAUGUAUCCAGGGAACCUGUCACGGAUCUUCCAGUCAGGGAGGAUAUGGUAACAGCCACUUCAGCUCCUGUGUUCCGUCCCUAUUACAUUAGUGUUGUGGAUGAGGAAGACUAUGCUGGCUUCCUUGAUACAGAUCAUGCAGAUGAGCUAUGGAAGGAGUAUCAGCAGAGAGAGGGUGUUGAUUUGGAACAUUUGAUGUCAGAAAGUUUUGCAGCUGAAGGUGAUAAAGAAAAAUAUGAGAAGAGUGAAGUCAAAAGUGGGGACCGCAUGUUCCAUAAAUUUAUGAAAAAAAUAUCUGUCUGUCAUGAACAGAUUUUAAGAUACUCCUGGGGUGGUCAGCCUUUAUUCAUAACUUGUCCUCCAGCCAACUUUAACGAAGAUAUUCCAGCCUGCAGUAAUUGCGGAAGCAAAAGAAUAUUUGAAUUUCAACUUAUGCCAGCACUGGUCAGCAUGCUCCAAAGCGAUUCAGAUCUGUCAGUGGAAUUUGGGACUGUUAUAGUUUAUACAUGUGAGAAAAGCUGUUGGCCAGCCAAUCGUCAAACCCCUCUUGAAGAAUUUCUUUUUGUACAAGAAGACCCUGAUCAGAAACUAUUUAAAUAAAUUGUUUCUUUGCAGAGA